AUGCUUGAAUCCCAGAUACUCGUGGAGAAUUUAUCGCCGUUCGUAGAUACCAAACGCCCGAAACUCUGUUCCAACACACCAGCAGCUACCGAGAGUACAACAACAACAGCAUACUUGUUACCGAACGCGGUUAUGGGAUACCCGGAAUUGUCAGAAGAGCCAAAUAGCGAUUGGGAUCAAAGCGUUUUGUGUAGGAUCUGUGUUCGAUUACCCGACGGGAGAAAAGUGCAGAGAAGUUUCCUCAAAUCAGAAUCGGUUCAGCUUCUCUGGUCGUUUUGCUAUUCCCAGAUUGAUCAAUCGGAGAGGAACAAGCCUUUCAAGCUGUUUCAAGCGAUCCCGGGAUAUUACAAGAAUCUUUAUUACGGAUGUGUGAGUUUCGAACAAUCUGGUCUCGCCAACUCGUUGAUCUCUAUGACAUGGAUGUGA